AAUAAUGAGAAUGCACUAUUCAAUAUUCUACGCAUUGGCACGUCAGAUAUUCAGUACACCCAAGAUAAAGAUAGAGCAUUAGAAAUUAUAAAUAUAUUAUUAGACAGUGGCAUUGAUGUGACGUCACCCAAUGAGGAAGGUGAAACGCCUACUGAAUUUGCCACAUCCAGAAUUGGUACUAGAAGUGGUUAUUUUGAUCAAUUCUACAGCGAAGCUGAACAUACAUUUUUGAAAGUUCAACAGGAAAGGCGCCAUACUGCAUUAAUGAUGGAACCAGGAAUACCGAUAGAUCGGAUGAAGCUGUAUGUGUGUGGUUAUGGUGGAACGGGGAAAACUACUCUCAUCAAGUCGUUAUUAGAAAAUACGAAUUGGAUUCAUUCGUUAUUGAGAACUUUAAAACCUAAUCGCGGCCCACAUCCUGGACAAGAUGAGCACAUUGCAACAUCCGGCAUUGACAUUCAAGACGUAGAUGUCCCCGGAAUUGGUAAACUUAGCAUUUGGGAAUUUGCCGGACAGUCUGAAUUUUUUUUUGGUCAUAGUUUCUUUCUUCAUGCAGAGACUGCAACAUUUAUUGUGUUAUAUAAAAUUGCUGAUUCGAAUCAUACAGAAUGUGUAGUCAGACCAAAUGACAUGGUUGAAACAGCAAUAGAACAGGUUACCGACUGGUUCAAAAUGUUUAAGGCAAAUAAUCCACCCUCAGAUAGAGAAUUGAUUAAUCUGUCAAUUAUUUUAGUGGCCAGCAGGGGAGAUUGGGUUAAGAUAGGAAACUAUGAACAUGAAGCUCAACGGGUAGCGGAACUGGUGAAAUCGAGGUCAGUGGAACUAUUCCAGGGGCUCCUGAAUGUUAUCAACGUUGUGCUGGUACUCGACUGUCAUGAUCCAGAUAGCAAUGGAAUGAAAAUACUACGGAAAAUCUUAAAAGAUAGAAGGAAGGAGACGAUACAGAAACUCGAACACAUGCCAAAUAUAUGUGGCCACAUUCUAGUGAUUAAAAGGAAAUGGACUUUGGAAAACACCUUAUUUCCUGUGAUGUACUGGAAGGACUAUGUGAAAUAUAUAAGGGAGAAGACACGUUCAAUAUUGAAAGAGGAAUUCUUAAUGAAGGCAACAGAAUAUCUUCACAAUCUUGGAAUGAUACUAUAUAUGAAAGGAAAUGUACAUAAUACCUGCCAAGAAGUCGUCAUUAUGUCACCUCAAUGGUUUUGUGGGAAAAUUCUAGGACCUAUGCUAGCAUCAGGUCAAUUUCACCAGUAUCGUUUCAAGUUAGAGAAAAAGCAAAUUUACACGAAGGAAGAUAUUGAUAUUGUUCUUGGUGGCGCAGCUAACUCUAUGCCCUUGAUAGAGUUACUAGUGGCUUUUGAAAUCGUUUUCCCGUUGAAAGAAGGCGAUUAUGGAUUCGGGCGUGCCAACCAAUACAUAAUAUCUAGUAUGUUGCCAGAUGUGAUGCCGAGUGAACAGUGGAGAAGGAAUACCCGUAUGCAGAUUUACUACGGACGGAGGUACGAAUGCCACAGUUUCGUUGAUAUGUUUUCGCGUAACUUCUUUCCUCAACUGCAGACACGACUCCACGGCCAUUUCACUGCAAUAGGUCGUCCACCGAGUGGAAUAUGGAGAAAUGGCAUCAAGGUUUGUAAAGUUGUUGAAGGAUUAGUGCUGAUAACUGCUGACGGAAGAGCCGUGAACAUUGUCACGAGAUGUGAAAACGAAUCUCAAAUUGGUGAUUGUUAUGAACUUAUGGAAUUGGUGUCAUAUGAUACACGACAAGUCCUUCAUUCUGCCUGCCCUGGCGUGGAGGUGGACCGAUACAUUCUCAGCGCAGAGGCACUAAGAAACCACCAUGACCUUAAAGAGGUGGGCUACUAUUCGAUGCAAGCAAUUUGUGACGCCGAUAAUAACAAAUCCGCAGUUUAUGAUGCCGUUCACGGAAGAGAAGAGAACGUUACUGAUCUACUUGUCCCUGGAUUUGACCAAACCAUCUUGAAAGAAAAUGGCAACAAAUGCGAUGUGAAAUGGUUGAUUCAGAGUACUUGA